ACACAACCCAUAAAUGCAAAACCAAAUGGUCUUCUUCUUCUUCUUGAUUUCCUAACCAUGCUUUACUACUGCGACGACCUCGUUUUGUUCGGCUUGGACCUCCACCUCUUCCAGAGAGUGGCGGACUUCUUCAUCUCCAUUGCCUGCUUCUCCAUCCCUCUCGAGCUCCUCUAUUUCCUCUCUCGCUCCUCUGCCUUCCCCUUCCGCUUCCUCUUCCUUUGGUUCUCUUCUUUCAUCCUCCUUUGCGGCUUCACCCACUUCUUCUUGGUGGUUGCCACCCAGCGAUGCUCCUUCGCUUUUUGGGUCACGUUGACUGUGAUCAAGCUGUGUACUGCUCUGGUGUCGCUCGUGAUCUCGCUUGCUCUGCUCAGGCUUAUUCCCAAGAUGUUGAACGUGAUGGUGAGGGAGGACUUGUUGCGGAGGAAGACGAGAGAGCUGGGUGUGAAGGUGGAGUUGAUGAGGAGGAACGAGGAGACGUGUCAGUGUAUGAGGAUGUUGACUCGGGAGAUUAGGAAGUCGUUGGACCGCCACACCAUUCUGUACACCACCAUUGUGGAGCUCGCUAGGGCUUUGUUCCUGGAUAAUUGCGCCAUCUGGGCGGUGGACGACUCGGGCUCGGUGGCGACGCUGAUUCAUGACUUGAGUAGGAGGGAGGAUCCGGUGUCGAUCCCAGUGGAGGGUUCGGAGUUGAUGGACAUUUUGGGUGGGGAUGGGGUUAAGCUUUUGGGGUCCAAUUCGAAGUUGGGUCGGGAGACGGGGAACGGUUUGGGCCUGGCGAUUCGGGUGCCGAUGCUUAGGGUUUCAGAUUUCGGUGCGGCCAAGGCUUGUCACGCCAUCCUGGUUUUGGUUCUUCCAGAAGAUGAGGUCAGGAUUUGGAGCCCAGAAGAGCUCGAACUUGUGGAAGUUGUGGCAGACCAGGUGGCUGUGGCACUGUCUCAUGCUGGAAUUGUUGAAGAUUCAGUGAUGAUGAUAGAAAAACUCAUGGAACACAAUAUUGUUCUGCAUAGAGCUAUAGAGAUGGCCCUGUUGGCUAAUGAGUCAAUGUGCUUGGCGCAGAAGGUGAUGAAUCUAGAGAUGGUUAAACAGAGUCGAUCAAUUGCUGCAAUUCUGUCAAUUCUGCAGAUUGAGAAAAUGGGAUCAGAGAAACAGAGUAGAAUAGUUGGUCAUAUAGCAAAGAUAAGUCAUGUGUUGUCUGCUUUGAUGGAGGAUGCGAUUGGGUUUUUGGGUUUGGGAGAUUAUAGAUUACAACUGAAGUCUCGGGUGUUUAGCCUCCAUUCAAUGUUGAAAGACAUCGAGAGCAUAUCCAGGCUCUUGUGUGCUUUCCAGGGAUUGAAUUUUGAGAUGGAGGUGCCCGAGAAGUUGCCAGAUCAUGUAAUUGGAGACCAAACGAGGAUUCUUCAGGCUGUUCUGUACAUGCUGGGAAAUGUCUUGUGUUUGGGAGACGGUGGAAGCUUUGUUCUCUGUGUAUCUUCCAUUAACAGUACAGACACUAAUUGCUUAAAAUGGAAACAACUUACUUAUGAGGACUCAGCUCUCUUGAAAUUCGAGGUCUGCAGAACUAAUUCAAAAGAAUACGACCCGAGUUCAUCAGAAGAGAUCCGUGAAAAACACAACUCUGAAACUGCUAAUCCUGGGAUUUUUAGCUUCAAUACAUGUGAAAGGAUGGCAAAGCUCAUGCAUGGGACUCUAUCAAUCGGCCCCAGCUCUUUGGGGUCUGGUAGAAGUAUGAACUUGACAAUCAGAUUACCUAUCCAUCCAUCGGAGGGAUGUCUUAUUGAACCAAGGUGCAUGGAUCCCCAGACUGCGGGAUGCCUUUUCAAAGGAAUGAAAACCCUCCUUGCUGACAGUGAUAGUUUCAACCGAUCCAUUACCAGGAAACUAAUGACAAACUUAGGCUGUCACCUAACAGUUGUUUCAUCUUGGAACCAAUGUAAAGAAACUCUUCAAUUGAGAGGAAGCCAUUUUCAUCUACUGCUGAUAGAAGACGACCUUUUGGAAGAGGAUGGAAAGCAGAUCUUUGCUUGGAUAAGAAAAUUAAGCUUGAGAAGUUUGCUUAGGGUAGUUGCACUGACAUCAGAAUCCAAUUGGGAUAUCCAGAGUUGGUGUCUUCACCAUGGAACUGAUGGUGUAAUUCGCAAGCCCGUCAUACUGGAAGAGCUGGAGGAUGUGUUGCAAAGGGUUUUUCUGCUAAAAGAGGGUACACCCUUCCCCUUCCUACAAAAUCCAGAUUGAAUUACACAUAAGUUUGAGAAAUCUUUUCUUGUUUGGUUUUUUGUUACAGAGAAAAGUACAUCCUGGGAAGUUAUAGCAUUUUCUUUUUUUUUCUUUUUUUUUGUUCUUUUGGGUUUUGUUUAAACAUUGUAUUAUGGAGUUCGACUAGGUAGGGAACACAGAAUUGGAAACCUAGAAGUUAAUACAUUCACGUUGCAA